GAAACACCGCCAGCGCCAUUUGCGAAUAUCCCCUUCGCCCGCAAUCCCGAUUUUCAACCGUGGAGACAUCCUCGACCAGAUCGGCCGGCUCGGAACAGCCGGCCGGUCGGGUGCCCUCGUGGGUCUCGGCGGUGUGGGCAAGUCACAACUGGCCAUCGAAUACGCCCGCCGGGUUGCCGCGGGCCAGCCUAACACAUGGGUGUUUUGGGUCCAUGCCGGCACGCAGGCGCGCGUCGAGGAGGGGUUCAGGACGAUUGCCGACUCCGUCAAGCUGCCUGGCCAGAACCGGCCCAAGGCCGAUAUCCCACAGCUUGUAUACGGCUGGCUGUCCAACGAGCGAAACGGCAGAUGGAUCAUGAUCCUCGACAGCGCCGACGACCGGGAUGUAUUUUACCGUGCGACUGACGGCGAUGCCCCAACUAGUGGCAACGCACCCAACGGGCGGCCAUUCGCAACACACCUACCACAGAGUCGUAACGGACCGAUCAUCAUCACUACACGUAAUAGGUACCUGGCUUUAGGCUGACCAGACGCAACCAGAACAUCAUCGAGGUUGGACCGAUGACGCAGACCGAUGCCCUCACGGUUCUAGAGAAGAAGCUGGGACCGUUUCCAGAUACAUAUGUGGCGGCCGAUCUCGUACGCGCGCUCGACUUUGUUCCACUGGCCAUUGGCCAGGCCGCCGCGUACAUACGGGCAAGAGCGCCGUGGAGCUCGCCCGAGAAGUACCUGAUUCGGUUCCGGCAGAGUGAGCGCAAAAGAAGCAGGCUUUUCUACUGUCUGCCCGAGGGCGUUGUUCUACGCGCCCUCCUACGCGACGAGGUGGAGCAGGAUCACCACCAGACUAAAUACAAAGACUG